AUGUGGCCACAAGGAAAUUCAACUUUUUGUGAGACACUAAGUUCUUUGACCUCAAAAACAAGAGAACUAAGCUUACUUAUCCUAAAGAUGGUUGUGGAGGGCUUUGGCCUUCCAGAAAAAUAUAUUUCAGAAGUUGAGGAGUUGAAUAGCUACAAUGAUUCAAGAAUGACAAGGUACCAACUUCCUGAAGAUAACAAGGAUUCUGAAAUUGCUUUGGUGCCUCACACUGACAAAGGCACCAUAGCCCUAAUAUGUCACAAUGAAGUCCAAGGUUUGCAGGUGUUACCAAAAUCAGGAAAUUGGGUUAACGUAAAUAUUCCUCCAAAUGGUUAUAUUGUUCUUGUGGGUGACAUGUUGAAGGCAUGGAGCAAUGGGAGACUCCAAGCACCAACACAUAGAGUGGUGACAAGAGGAGACAAAGAGAGAUUGGCAUUUAUUCUUUUUGCUGUGCCAAAGCAGGAUACACUUAUUAAGGUGCCCUCUGAAUUGGUAGAUGAAGAUCACCCUCUUCGUUACAAGCCCUUCAAGUAUGAGGACUUCAUAGAUUUUCAUUAUACAACUCGCACUGAAAAGGGAGUACUUGAACAACUUGCUGGAAUUUGA